UUUGCUCCUCAUAUAAUGGCCAGUGAGGAAAACCCUGCCAGCCUGCCGCACGCGCGCACCCUUCUUCUUCUUCUUAUUCCAUCCCACGCGGCGUCACUGCGACACCGCCGCGGAAACGAACCCGGGCUGCUGUUCGAGCCGAAGCGCGCCGCCGCAUUCAACCCUGAAGUGCCAUAUGAGACCCUGAACAAACGCUUCCGAGCGGCUCAGAAGAACAUCGACCGGGAGGCGAGUCACGUCACCAUGGUGGUGGCGGAGCUGGAGAAGACUCUGAGCAGCUUCCCAGCUGUGGACUCUGUGGUGUCACUGCUGGACGGAGUGGUGGAGAAACUCAGCGCACUCAAGAGGAAGGCUGCAGAGUCCAUACAAGCAGAGGACGAGAGCGCCAAGCUGUGCAAGCGCCGCAUCGAGCACCUGAAGGAGCACAGCGGUGACCAGCCGGCUUCAGUCAACCUGUGGAAGAAGAAACGGAUGGACCGCAUGAUGGUGGAGCAUCUGCUGCGCUGUGGCUACUACAACACUGCUGUGAAACUGGCCAAGCAGAGCGGCAUCGAGGAUCUGGUCAACAUUGAGAUGUUUCUCACAGCAAAGGAGGUGGAGGAGUCUCUGGAGAGGCAGGAGACGGCUACUUGUCUGGCCUGGUGCCAUGACAACAAGUCCCGCCUCCGCAAAAUGAAGAGUUGUCUGGAGUUCAGCCUCAGAAUCCAGGAGUUUAUUGAGCUCAUCAGACAGAACAAGCGCAUGGAUGCAGUCAGGCAUGCACGGAAGCACUUCAGCCAAGCCGAAGGGGGACAGUUGGAUGAGGUCCGGCAGGUGAUGGGAAUGCUCGCUUUCCCAUCAGACACACACGUCUCUCCUUAUAAGGAUCUGUUGGAUCCAGCCCGCUGGAAGAUGCUGAUUCAGCAGUUCCGCUAUGAUAAUUACAGAUUGCACCAGCUGGGCAACAACUCCGUCUUCACCAUCACUCUCCAGGCUGGCCUGUCUGCCAUCAAGACACCUCAAUGCUACAAAGAGGACGGUAGCUCUAAAAACCCAGACUGCCCCGUGUGCAGUAAAUCUCUGAACAAACUGGCCCAGCCACUACCCAUGGCUCACUGUGCCAACUCUAGACUAGUGUGUAAGAUCUCUGGGGAGGUUAUGAAUGAAAACAACCCCCCCAUGAUGCUGCCUAAUGGAUAUGUCUAUGGCUACAAUUCCCUUCUGUCCAUUCGCCAAGAUGACAAAGUGGUUUGUCCCAGAACCAAAGAAGUCUUCAACUUCUCUCAGGCGGAGAAGGUCUACAUCAUGUGAUCGCUCACAUGGCUUAAGUGUUAAAAAGAUCAAAUAUGGCCCAGAGUCCAUCUCCUGUGAUCAGGUCUGCCCUGAGCCGACAGUGGAGCUGUGAUCCAGUGCCCUUCCUCCAUUUGCAGGUCUUCAACGUCCCUUUGCCACUAGGUGAUCGAGUGCCCCCCACCCCCUUCCAUUUUUACCACACAGAUACUGGGCUCUUGUUCUUUCAGGCUGUUUUAGAUGUGACUAGAAGGUAUUUGAUCUGUUCAAGCACAUGGACUAUCAACAUUUUCAUGAUCUCAUAGGCCUUUUGUUAUCAGGAGUGAAGACUGAUGGGAUUGAAGUUCUGUUAGAUAAAUGUUCUGAUUUUACUAAAACAAAAUAAAAACUUGUUGAUCUUAA